AAGAUGGACGGAGUGGUGGGAAAUCGCGUUCGGUUGGAAGUCAUCGAAGGCGAUAUAUUCGAGGGCUACCUGCAAAAUGUUGACAGAAGUGUUGGGAAAAUAACUCUACAAAAGGUAACGUUGUGUGGAAUUGACACUCACAGCGACAAGAGAUUGCAGGGAUUGCUGCAUUUUGACCGUAGUGAAGUCAAAGACCUUGAAAUAUUUGAAGAUGUUGACAGCAACUUAAGACAAACCACGGUCAAUGCAAAUACACGGGAAUAUGGGCCUCGUCUGACUAAAAAUAAGGACACACCACGUCACCUGCUGAGAAGACCAAACGUGACAUCAGAAAAACUUAUCCUCCAAAAGUCACCGGCCAGUUGUGAUGAGAACAAGAGGGGACAACUCCGCAACGAUACCACUGGAUCAUUGAAGAGCUCAGACUACGACUCCAGCAGUGAUGUUGGGGAAGGAUCUAAUGGUGACUUUCAUAUCAUCGACAAGUUGGAUGAAGUGUUCCGUGAAGCAAUUGAGUAUAUUCAAGCUCAGAAGGUCAUUGGUGUGGGCAUGGAGGGUGUAUGUAUCGGCCGGGACGGGACUCUGUGCUGGCUCCAGGUAUCUACAAAAGAGGAGGUUUUCCUCUUUGACGUUCUCUCACUUGGAUCAGAGUGCUUCCAACGUGGUCUCCUGGAAAUCCUGGAAUCAGGCAAAAUACUCAAGGUGAUGCAUGAUUGUCGCCAGCCAUCAGAUUUGUUGUACCAUCAGUUCGGCGUGGAACUGGUGAAUGUGUUUGAUACUCAGGUGGCUGCUGUGAUCAUCUACCGGAUGGAGCACAAUGGCGACUACCCACGCUAUGUGGAGGGUCAGUACAGUCUGCUGCUGACUCAGCUCAACAUGGCCCUGUCUGACAUCCCAAUCAUCAGGUACAGGGAAACACUCCAGAAGGAAGACCAAGAGGUAUGGACUCAGCGCCCCGCCCCCCUCCACAUAUUGACUACUGCCAUGAAGCAGGUGAAGCACCUGCUGCCAUUGCGGGUGAAGUUGAUGGAGAAGCUGCUGAAGGAGGUGACGGUGGGGACGGAGAUCUACUUGGGAUAUGUCCGCGACUCCUCAAACGAAGACUCCAAGAGAGGACUGAUAACACGCCACCUGCUUCCAAAUGCCUUCCAGCAUCUGACGACGCACAUGGACUUCCUGCGCCAUCAGUACAUGCGGCCCACAAGACUAAACGCCAGGGGGCCGCAGAAGGACGAACUAGGGUUUCAUGAGAACUGUGAAGGUGUCAAGGACCCUUACUUAGUGGCCAGGAAUGACUCAGUGUGGAGAGCAGCAGAUCCCCGACGUAGAAGUGAUGGAGACUCCAAUUCGUCUCAUCCAGCCUUUCCUCGAGCCAAGGAGCGUAAGAGUCUGCCGAACUCUGUCAACUCCCUGUCCACCGAAACACCCUCCACACGUGGACACUGUAUGCACCGAGGACCAUCAGAAGUCCGGAGACCGACCACGGUAACAGACAAUCAAACCAAUGGACAUCAUCUACAGGAAGCGAAACAUGGACACUGCACCGCCCGAGGACCAUCUGAAGCCAGGAGACCUAUGACAAUCACACAAGAUCAAAAGAAUAGACUCGAUCUAACUGAAACCAAACAUGGACAUGGUGCAUCACCUGGACUGUCUGAAGUCCAGAUACCUACAAAACUGCAACAUGGUCAGACCAAUGGACAUGAUGUGUCCCAAGAAUGGCAAAUCAGGAUGCCUGCAGGAAGAACUCAAGAUGAAGAUGAUGAACAUAGUUUAUACUAUGGUCAUGAAACUCAGAGACAUGGACCACCAGAUCCAACCAGACCAGUAGAGAUGACCGUAGAGAAGACCCCAGAGUCUCAGACUAGUCACAAGAUUAAGGUAGAAACUGUAUCUGAUGAAAGAAUAGCAUUUAUACCAGCUGGGUACUCACAGAAUGAUCUCAAGAAGAAGAGGAGACAUCAACAGUUUUCGGACUCUGACCUCGAGGAACCGAUACAUAUUGACAGUUAUUCCUGUCCAGAAGAUACUGAUGGUGAUGAUUCAUUCAGUUGCAUUCCAUCCAGAGAGUCUUUGGGGAGACAUCACGUCUAUGAACAUGUUGGUUCUGUCAGACACUACUUUGAAGCUGUUCCUGAGAAGACUGGACCCCUGUCUGACACAUCUGAUACUGAGAAGGAUAAGAUGGUCAGUUAUGGGGUGGUUAGGAAGGGCAUUCCAUGCUUUAAUAUAGGAGGACAGCUUGAAGCACCUUCGAGUGGCGGUGAGAGUAGCCUCUCUGAAACACUACCUCAAAACCGAAACCAAAUAAAACGAGACAGUCAGACCACAGAUAGUGAUGACUCCCUUCCAUCCAUAAGCAAAAUUCAUAUCAACACAGCUCUACCUCCAGGUAUUGGACGAGGAGUUUGUCGGUUUGUCUCGCCAGAAAGUUCACAAUCUAGUGUUUCUUCCGAGCACUCCAGAUUGAAGUCCCGUCCAUCAGCAAUCAGUCCACCUCCUCCACAAGAAUACCUGAAAAGCUUCCAUGCUCCUGGAAGAUCCUCUUCUUCUACCUCUUACCCUGAAUCAGCCAACAGAACCACCCUGAAGCCCAUGGUGAGGAGUGAUCUCCCUGGAUCCUUACCCUAUGGCCGAGAAGCACAGCUAGCAGCAACAUCUGGAACAAGGAAGACCUUCUUUCCCAGUUCCUCAUCUCCAAAUGACACAUCCUCAUCACCACAUACCUCUGAUCAGAAUCAAGAAUCUAGCAGCAGUGAAAAGGCCCCAGCUUCCAUUUCAUUUGACCGCUUAGUGAAACGGUUUAAUUCAAAACUAUUUUAAGUUUGUUUUAAUGAUUUUAAAAAAGCUUUGUUUAACAUGGUAUGCUGUUUUCAGUUUUGAAAUUUACAUUGUAAAUGUUGUAUUUUAAGAAUUUAAAACCUCUGAGCGGAAAUUAUUUUAGAACCUUGCUGUAACAGAUCCUCUUAAAGAGACUCCUUUUAUCAAGUUGUUGAAGCGUUCAAAUACAAUGCAAUAUGUAGUACUUCUUAAGUACAGCAGUGUUGUUAAGGGCCAUCUCACAUCACUUAGUGAUGCAAUUGGAGGAGUAACACUACAGAAAACUAUGGUUAUAAUGAACUCGAAUGGACCACUAAUUUUAGUUCCUUAUGACCGUAGUUCGUUAUAAGCAUAUAUACAACAUCUAUACAGCAAAUGGCAGAGACCAAAGAUUAAGUUUGUAAUAUCCGUCAGUUUGUUAUAAGCGUGUUCGUUGUAAAUGUAUUUUACUGUAUAACCAUCAAAGUGCCUAACAAUGAUACCUCCUUAGGACUGUACCACUCAUGUUCUGCAGCUAUUGGCGGGUAUUAUAUAGUUACCAUGGAAGCUAACAUCCAGCUUUUUUGUUGAUGAAGUGUCAUGUUCAUGAGAAAUAUGCAGCUCUGUUCAAUUUUUAUAGAAAGACUCAUAUUUUUAUAGAGCAACAAAAUACCACUUUAUCACUUUGCAUUGUGUUCUUGCAUAGUUUUUGUACAAUACUUGUAUUUUUGUAUAACGAUUUAUGAUUGGUUAGAGAAUGCAUUCUUGCAAUACAUGAACAGAAAUCAUUGGUAGCACCUAACUGUUAGAUUGGCAUUCUAGGAGUUAGUAAGUAUGAAAACAUACAACUUUAUGGAACAACUUCUGGUUUAUUGCACAUAGCAACGUUUCGAUGAAGAUUCUUACACCGUUAUCAAGCUAGAGUGACACCAACCAAGUGAUGAGAGGUACAUGAUAUGUUUGGAUGAGCAGCAGAUUAACAUUGACAACAACAGGUAAAAGAUUAUAAGUAGCACACUGAUAAUUUUAAUGAGGCCAAUUGGAAAUUGACAUGCAUCAAGCCAGUCAGCGAGCCCAACUACCGAAUCCCGUUAGUCGCCUCUUACGACAAGCAUAGUCACCUUUUACGGCAAACCAAUCUCAUUAAACUCAGAUCUUAGUUUUCGCUACCGCUAAACAAAGAUC